GGAGGGAGAAUCGCCGAGAACCUCAACUGCGCAUGGGCAGGAUGGCAAGCGCCCUCACACUCGGGAGCGCGAGGCCAGAGCGUCCUAACAUUGCCGUGACAACCAUCUUCUCACCCAAUCAGAAACCUAGCUGACGCUUGGACCAAUGGGACUGAAGUAUAUAAUGAUUGACAGGAACGAGAAGUGGAGAGGCGGGGCCUUCGGGAUGUAUUUCAACUAAUAAGAAGGCAGGCGGUAGUAAUCAGGGUAGGUGGGGGGGAGGGUGUAGGUUGGUUGAGAGUGUUACGGGGUGAGUUGGAGAGUUGGGGAAUAAAGCGAGGAGAGGAAGGGAGCAGGGUCAGGUCCCCUGCUUCAUUCAGUUCUUUGAUGAAGGCAUCAGCUGUGCUGCAAAAAUAUGGAUCCUUUGAAGAAGUGGAGCAGGAGACAGAAGAGUCAGAUAAGAAAGAUGUAACUGAACUAAACUUUUUACCAAGAGAACUAGAAAGAGAAGAUAAUGCCUUGGACACCAUACACCAGGAUACAGUGGGAUGUGAAGAGAAGAAAAGGAGAAUUCAAGAUCCUAACAUAUCCAUGAAAAAGAAAAGAAAGAGAAAGAGACCUGUGAUAAAUCUGACCAACUGUAAGUAUGAGAGUGUGCGUCGGGCUGCUCAGCAGUAUGGCUUACGGGAAGCAGGGGAGAAUGAUGAGUGGAAUCUCUAUUGGACAGACUAUUCAGUCUCACUGGAUCGGGUAAUGGAAAUGAAAAGUUACCAGAAAAUCAACCACUUCCCUGGGAUGAGUGAAAUCUGUAGGAAGGAUUUGCUGGCCAGGAACAUGAGCAGGAUGCUAAAGCUCUUUCCAAAAGAAUUUAACUUCUUUCCCAGGACCUGGUGUCUUCCUGCUGACUACGGAGAUUUGCAGACCUAUAGCAGAUCAAGGAAACAUAAGACAUACAUCUGUAAGCCCGACUCCGGCUGUCAGGGUAGAGGCAUCUUCAUCACCAGAUCUGUGAAAGACAUAAAACCCGGAGAGGAUAUGAUCUGCCAGCUCUACAUCUCAAGACCUUUUAUUAUUGAUCGUUUUAAGUUUGAUCUGAGGAUUUACGUGCUGGUGACAUCAUGUGACCCCCUGAGGAUAUUUGUCUAUAAUGAGGGCCUUGCACGCUUUGCUACAUCAGCCUACUCUGAUCCCUCACACAGCAAUCUGGAUGAUAUCUGCAUGCACCUGACUAAUUAUUCCAUUAACAAGCACAGUACUAAUUUUGUCCAAGAUGAAGAUUCUGGAAGUAAGAGGAAGCUCUCCACCUUUAAUAAGUACAUGCAGAAACAUGGCUAUGAUAUUGACCAGAUGUGGCUGGAUAUAGAAGAUGUUAUUAUUAAAACCUUGAUAUCAGCACAUCCUAUUAUCAAACAUAACUAUCACACUUGCUUCCCCAACCACACUGUGGGUAGCGCUUGCUUUGAAAUAUUAGGAUUUGAUAUUCUAUUGGAUCACAAACUCAAACCCUGGUUGCUUGAGGUGAAUCACUCUCCAAGCUUCACCACUGACUCCUGGUUAGACAAAGAAGUGAAGGACCAGUUGCUGUAUGACACUUUGGUUCUGAUAAAUUUAGGGGCCUGUGACAAGAGAAAAAUCCUAGAAGAAGAGAAACGUCGAGGAAAGGAGAGACUCCUGAAGCAAUGCCGUUCUCGAGAGACCAGGGCUGAGGAGUAUAGGAACUGCCAGACCACUUGGUUGAAACAAGCUGAGAAAUAUGAGGAGAAUAACAUAGGUGGUUUUCGCAGAAUUUACCCCAAAUCUGAUUUGGACAAAUAUGAUAAGUUUUUCCAGCACAACAAUUCACUUUUUCAGGAGACUGCAGCUUCUAGAGCACGAGAAGAACAUGCUAGGCAGCAGCUACAGGAGCUGCGAAUGAAGCAUGAGCAAAAACCAGCCCAUUUGCAAGAGAAGAAGACAGAGCUUCUGGGGGAGUCUGGAUCUGAGAAGAUAAAGACUUUCACACAGAAGUUAGUGAGCAGGGCAGCUACAGCACAAGGAUUAAGACAGCAUUAUCUUUGUUCAGAGUCAGGACCUGGUGCUCCUCGCCUGCUUCACAGUUUCUCAGGUGAAAAAGAAACAAAAAAAGAAUUGGUUAAUGGGGAAUCAAGCAUCCCACCAAAAGAGCACCCCAACACUCACGUGUAUUCAAAUGCACCUGAAAAACAAACGGUACAGCACUGCAGCUCCAUGCCAAACUUGACAGUGCAGAAUUCAACUAGUGCUCCGGACCAGUACAACUCCAACCAUGACCUGAGGGACCGCACAGUACAUGGUCAUCACUCUGCAGCAGAUAUGGACAUCAGAUUAAUACUCCAAACACCAGUGGAUUCUUCCAAAGUAUCAGAUAAUCCAAUUCAUUGUUCUUCAAAACCUUUCCCAACAUUGGCUCAACCUCGGACUGCAAUCACAACAGCAACUGACGUGGUUUACUGUGAAAGCAUAGUCACUCAGAAUUUGGUGCCAUUUGGAUACCAGAGAGAGCAACUCCCACCCCAUGUCAGGGAGAACUUGACCUCAUACUCAAAAGUCCAUAGACCACACAAAAACUUGUUAGAGUACGAAAUAGAAAAGAAACCUAUCUUGGUGUCAAAAUUCUUCAGCAAACUCAAUUUCACACCGGGAGACAAGGCUGUAAUAUUCCCUUUUCGCCACCACCCUCAUCUCAUCAGUAGAACACAAAGUGCUUUCCACUCCAGGAGAAUCCAUCUGAGUAGCAGAAACUCCACAGACAAGAGACAAACACAACUUCAGAGUGCUCAAACAGUUUUCCAAAAAACAAAUUGUCACCAGUUCAGCCUUCAGGACCUUUUGGUAAUCUCCACCCCAGGUCACGUGGACCCGCGACCUAGGAAAAACAAUACCCUAACUUCAGGGGAUAUUCCAACGGGCAGGAAUAGCAAUGAACUCCUGCAGUGAUCUGGGACAGGGAGGCAGAACACAGAAGGUACAUUCCAGGGAGAGAGAGAGCAGAUUUGAGGUUGCUACAGCAGGCCUGAGCAGAACUGCAGCAGUGUUUUGCCUCCUGAAGUCUGAGAGAUGCUCACUCCUGUAGAUAAUCUGUUCAUCAGGAACUGACAGAAACAUUUUGUUGUUUCUUUUCAAAUAUACUCCUUGGUGAUUGCCUCCAGUUAUACGGCUUCCAUAGCAUGAAACAUCAAUGUGUCACCAAUGACAUUUGCAUUCAAAAAAAAAAAGUCAGGAGUUUGUGGGUGUCUUGAUGUGAAACUGUCAUGCUGGAACUUAAUGUACAUCUCCCUUUGGCAGUGUCUGCUUACUGCCAACUCUUGUUUUAGUUUAGUGAAAAAUUCUUUUGUAAGAAGAAUUCCAGUGUGAUGUCUGCUCUAUUCAACUGAACAUCAGCCAGUAAGGGGAAAAUUCCGUGCACUGAAUUUCAGCUGCACAACUAAUAUCAGCUGGAACUGCACAGAUGAAUCCUUGCAGCAUAAUUUGAAAAUUUACCCUGAAAUGUGCAGGACAUACUUAUUUUAGCUAAUGUAGAGUGAAGUUGCAGUCCUGACUUUUAACAAGAAUUCAGAGAAAAUAAAAAUGGGCAGUGUAGUGUAGAAGGGGUUUUACUUUUCAGGGCCACAGAAAGCAAAGGCAGAAAGCUGAAACAAAAAACACAAUAGGUUCAUGCUGUGGCAGAGUAGUGAAGAUAUGUGAAGUCACUUUCUAUAUUGGCAGAAGAAGUUUUCCAUUAAUGUAGUUAAUCCACCCCUCUGAGGGCUGGUAGCUAGGUGUACAGAAAUAUUCUUCCACUGACCUAGCUGCGCCUACAUUGGAGGUUUGGUUGACCUCGCUACGACGCACAAGGCACAAAACUUUUCAUAACUCUGAGCGAUGUAGCUACGUCGAUCUACAUUUUUAAGUGUAGAUUCCCCCAAACGUGAUGUUGCAGGUCUUCAGUGCUCUCAGAGAGUACUCAACCCUCAUAAAAAUGCCCUUUGUUGGCCUAGUCUCCAUCUGAUUAGUGGGGACAAGGUCUAAAAUCACUGAAGUUAAUUCACUGAAUGGGGCUGCUUCUUUUUCAAGUUGUGUUUCUGAACAUGCAUGUUUGAUAAUAAAAUUUGUAAUAGCAAUGGCUACUCAGAUCAUGCUGAAAGCCGUAAUACAGAGAGGAUGGAUGGCUGACUGGACAUAUGGAUGUGGUAUGGGACACAAGGAUUGGAAACAUGAGUACUGCUAGGUAGGAAAUACAUUUGUCUAUUGGAGAUGUGCUAAGAUCUUUCACCUUUUCAUAAUGGAAAGUCUUUUAAAUAUUGCAGUUGUAAACAAGGACACCCCCCCAGCUGAUUAUUAAUUAUCAUAUCUAAUGCCAACAGCACUCUGCAGAUCUGCAAGAAGGCUCUCGCCCUUCCCAGUGGGCUUACAGUUCAAGCAGUGAUUUCUACAAGCAUUGAUUUCAUUGGCAGUUUUACCCAAGUAAGGAAUGCAGGUUUAGGCCCUAAGCUCACAGGGCUAAAUCCUCUGGUCUAAACCACCUUUGAGCUUGCAGUGCUCUCCAGUGAGGCCUGCAGUGAUCUCCAGCACAAGUUUAAAAAUCCCAAGAGCUGCUCUAAGCUGCAUUAGCUUGUAGUAGCCCCCAAGGAGUCUAUACACCUGUAAGGUUCAUUGGAGCACAGUGCAUUUAGGUCUUGCCCCGUACUUGAGGAGGCACGCGGGCCCUGGCACAGAACCAGCUAGUCUAGCCUUAAACCAUCUGAGGAUUGCUCCAUACCAAGGGAAUUCUCAGCCCCAUCAGCUUUAUAGCAACUGAGGAUUCACGCAGGCCAAGGGAAUCCCUACUGGCACAGUUAGAGGGUGCAGUUUUAAGAUCUCUUUGCACCAUGUUCCAGGAUUGGUCCCAUAGCAACCAAUUCCAAGUUAUUUCACACGUUUUCCUCAAUAGGAAUAGAAGUGUAAAUAAAAGGAACAAGAAGAUUUCUCCAGAAUAGAGAGGAACCUAGCCUGAGCAAGUGAGAUCUAGAUGAUACUUACUAUUCAUCAUUUUACAGUGCCUAAAGAUGUGGUAGAGCCGAAUACAAGUAGAAAGAGAAUUUACAGUAUCAUAUUAGACAUGACAGAACAGCUGGGUAUAUUUAAUAGUAUGGGAGGGUGGAGGUGAGGAAGAUCAAGAAUUCCAGCAACAAGACUUAAUUUCUUGAAUUAGGCUCAUGUAAUGGAAUUUCUACCAGCAGGAGGAAGAGGUUAUUUUCUUUAGUAGUUAAUAUUAUUAGCGGUUAUAGGCUCCCUUAUUGUGGGGUAUUACAGAAGGCUAUUUUAAGCCUACGUAGUCUCUUAAUGAUCUUUGUUCUUUUACGAUAUUAAAGGGAAUAUUUCCAGGGAGAAUAUUUAACUAUCUGAGAAACAGUGUUUGUUCUUACAAUUGGGAACGUUCAGAGGUGGUCCAAAGGGGAGAUCAAUUUUUUAACUUCUAAUUCCCCGCCACCCUUCCUUCGCACACAUUCCUGGUCUGAUCUAGGUCGAGAUAGUUGUAGGAAAAGAGGCUCCAAGGAAAGCAAGGAGGAACUUCUAGGACAUGAUCUUUGCAACAAGCAGUUUCUUUGGAAUUGGAAACCUGUCUUCUACGUUAGGGUUCAUUGGGCUAUUGCUCAGGAACAGCAUCACUUCAAAGCAAUCUUUUCCUUAAAGGCAUCAACAAUAUGUAUUGAGGCCCUUCCCUCUGGGAGGGGCUUGAAUUUGCAUGGACUUUCAACAUGAUUAUAACAAUCAAGGCAGAGCUGGCUCUAAUUAAAUGUUAAAGAUGAAAUUGAAUGUUUUGAAAAAAUAUAUAUAUUAACCAUCACAUACCAUCCAGAGACUAGCUGUGGGCUUAAAAAGCACAAAUUAAAUACAUUUUUAAAACAAGAUCUUUGGAAAUCACAUUUCCUUGGCAAGUUCCAAGUUUGAUUCCAGAUUUCCCCUACAGACAGCACUUAAAGUCCCAAUCCAGCAAACAUGAGUUUUUGUGACAAUUGUCAUUAUUUUAGCUAUGGAUUUACCUCUCUUAUUUGGGAUAUGAAAUAAUUUUUAAUUUGUUUUUAGAAAAGCCUCUAUUUCACCAUUAUCAGUACAAAACCCCAGGACUAUAUGUUUCAAGCUGUGAAAUCAUUUUAAACAGAGCUAUUGAAUAAUAUUUAUCAGAUAAUUAUUUGUGAUGCCCCCCAUCAAUCAACAGAUAAAUGGUGUGAAUUUUUUCUCAAUGAUUUAACCAACAGAUCAUUAGCAACAGAUAGAUGUUAAGAUCUAAAAGCUACUAAUAGGGGCAUAUUAGAGACACAGAUUUAGGGCUGCCACAUCUUUAACUAUUUUGCAGUGAAUUAGAUUUGAUUAGCUUUUGGGAACAAUGGAAAAAUUCUUUUAGGAGUGACAUAGCUAAGUAGUGCUGAGCCUAGGUAAUAAAUGCACCUUUGUUUAAUUGCUGGACAUUAAAAUACUCUUGAAACAUCCUCUCAAAAACACUUAUUGCCAUUACCUAACUAAAAUUAACCUGGGAAAUGACAAAAAUACACCAGUUCUUCUGUUAACGAGCUGACAGAAACAAAGGAAUAUUUGCAGGUGAAAGAGCAAGUUCAGGGAGAUGCAUUUGGUGACAAAGGAUUACACAGCAAAAAAUGUAGUAUAAAAUACAGCAUUUUUAUUUUAAGCCUGUAACUGCAUGGCAUACUAAAAAAACUUGU